CCGAUUGAUUCCAUAUAACGACAUGCGCGAAACUCCAGGAACAGGCCACACACCUUCACGCCAUCUGCUAGGCUGUAGAUAGCUUUAGUAAAUAUUUAUUUUCGCCAUGGGGUUUCAGCAAGGAUGCCGUUGGAUCCCGCUUGUUUAAUGGCAAUGGCACUGGAAGGCAUUGUAUAUGGCUUCUCGAUUCUCAUGUUCAUGGAAUGUGUUUGUUCGUCCUAUGGCCACCAACCUAGGGACACCUCUCCAGGCUUCUCGAUCCUCAUGUUCAUGGAUACGCAUCUGGAUUUUGGCUUACAAAAAGCGCGCGCGGGAUAUCAUGAUCAACCGCCGAUUGAUUGUGGUGGCCAUCCUGCUGUUGAUAUUGAGUACUGGGGUUAGCGCGUUUUGCUUCUUAGCAUCUGUUGGUCUUCUGUAUUGUCUUCUGCUAACCUUCUGCAAGCACAUCGUCGCGAAGAUAGUUCGUAUUUAUGAUGGGCUAGUGAUGUAUCGCGACACAUACCCAGGCGGGCCAGUGGCAUUCUUCGCAGACCCUACCCAGACAACACUUGCGAUCAUGCACGCGUUUUUACGGCUUACAAACUCUACUGGCUGAUGGGGUAAUGGUGGGUUUUUUUUUCUGUUACACUGUAUGGCAAUCAUUCUGGGUCAUUAUCCUACCAAGCCUGCUGUGGUGCAGCG